UCGAAAGACAAAAGUUUAUGGCGCCUCCAACUCAACGCCAAAAAUUAAGGCUAAAAAUAAAUAAAUUAAAACAACAGCAAAUGCAAGCGGAAUUGCAGUUACACCAAUACGACAGGCUACAGCGACAGCAGCGGGAGGAAUGGCGGUGGCGAAGUGGAGCAUACCCCGAUUAUGAAGGGGGAUAUAUAUCCCACUAUUAUAGGGGGCACAUGAGCCCCCCACUACGCAGACCCCCACCACGCAGCCCCCCAUUACGUUACGAAGAGUACUAUGAACGUUAUAAUUACGAAAGUGGCCGUAGCUACGAGCCACCAUCAACACGCCAACCAGCUCCAGCUCCAGCUUACGAAAGUGGCCGUGGCUAUGAGCCACCAUCAACACGCCAACCAGCUCCAGCUCCAGCUUACGAAAGUGGCCGUGGCUAUGAGCAACCAUCAACACGCCAACCAGCUCUAGCUCCAGCGUACGAAAGUGGCCGUGGCUACGAGCCACCAUCAACACGCCAAGCAGCUCCAGCUCCAGCUUACGCAGGUGGCCGUAGCUACGAGCCACCAUCAACACGCCAACCAGCUCUAGCUCCAGCGUACGAAAGUGGCCGUGGCUACGAGCCACCAUCAACACGCCAAGCAGCUCCAGCUCCAGCUUACGCAGGUGGCCGUAGCUACGAGCCACCAUCAACACGCCAACCAGCUCUAGCUCCAGCGAACGAAAGUGGCCGUGGCUACGAGCCACCAUCAACACGCCAAGCAGCUCCAGCUCCAGCUUACGCAGGUGGCCGUAGCUACGAGCCACCAUCAACACGCCAACCAGCUCUAGCUCCAGCUUACGAACGUGGCCGUGGCUAUGAGCCACCGUCAACACGCCCACCACCGCCAAUUCAACCAGCUUCAGCUUGCGAACGUGGCCGUGGCUAUGAGCCACCUGCAACACGCCCACCACCGCCAAUUCAACCAGCUUCAGCUUCAGCUUGCGAACGUGGCGAAUGUGAAUGUGACUAUGAGCCACAGUACCCAACUACAUCAACAUCAACACGCCAACCACCACCCACUCAACCAGCUGGCGAAAAUGGCAAACAAGGCCACCUAGAAGAGCCAAUGGUUAUGUAUUGGCGUACCAAACGCGAUAUCUCAUGA